AUGUCUACGGAUAAGACCUCCGAGUUGUCUGGAGAAGGGGAUUCUUCAAAGACCCAACCGUGGUUUUCAAGAAGAAUAUCCAUUGAGGAGGGUGGCAUUGAACGAGUCACCGAUGAUGAAAGAAAGGAGAAGACAACCAAGUUCUGGCACGCUACUACGUUCUGGUUCAGCGCCAACAUGGCCAUUGCUACACUGAAUAUUGGAUCACUAGGAGGCUUCAUGGGCCUUGGGUUCUGGGACUGCUUCAUUGUGAUUGUGGUGAUCAACCUAUUCAGUGAUCUUCUCCCAGCAUGGACAGCUACAGCCGGGUUGACAGGCUUGAGAAUGACAACCUUUUCCCGGUACUCCUUCGGAUACUGGGGCAACAUGCUCGUCGUCAUAUUCUCCAUGGUCGCAACAACAGGCUGGAAUGCGAUUAACUCCAUCUCAGGAGCCUCCGUCCUCAACGCAUUGUCGAAUGGAAGAUGUCCCACUUGGGCUGGUGUGAUCAUCAUAUGUACACUGGUGUGGAUUAUCUGCGCACUGGGUAUCACAUGGAUUCAUCGUCUAGACACGUUCAUAUGGAUUUUCCCAUUUAUUGUGUGGUGUGUUGCUGCUGGUACGGGAGCAUCAUCGUUCACGGCAGCAAGUCCGAAAGACCUCCAGAGUGCCGACAGGGCGGCUGCUGUCCUCUCAUACAUGGCCAGUAUCUUCUCUUUUUCACUUUCAUGGGUGAAUUGUGCUGCAGAUUAUAAUGUUCGUAUGCCACACGACACUCCGCGCUGGAAAAUCUUCGCUGCGACAUAUGUGGGCAUCUUCGUGCCAAGUGUUUUGGUGCAGUCGCUCGGCGCGGCGCUAUAUACUGGAACUGUGACAAAUGUUGCAUGGAAAGACGCAUAUUCAGCUUCUUCUAUUGGAGGCUUGCUGCAAAUGUCGUUGGAGCCGGCCGGUGGAUUUGGAAAGUUCCUCAUGGUUCUGGCAGCGUUGAGUUCAAUUCCGAACAAUAUCCCGAACAAUUAUUCCUUUGCUUUGCACGCCCAGAAUCUUGGUACAUGGGCUAUUCGGAUUCCCCGCCCUGUACUAGUGACAGUCGGAUCUGUAGUAGCAGUCAUUGUCGGUUGCUGUGCAGCGAAGUAUUUUGAUGACGCCCUGCAGACCUUCCUCAGUGUCAUCGGGUAUUGGACAGUUAUCCAUGCUACGGUUGUGAUGGAAGAGCACUUUAUCUUUCGAAGACGAUGGUCAGCGUAUGACUUGGAAAACUGGAAUAACCCAGCGGCCCUUCCGUUCGGCUGGGCAUCGGUUGGAGCUUUCUGCUUUGGAUUCGCUGGGGCCGCUCUUGGAAUGCAUAUGACUUGGUACUCUGGGCCGAUUGCUUCACUGAUUGGCAUGGGUGCAAACAUAGGUCAUGAGAUGACAUUUGCAUUCUCUGCCAUCAUUUUCCCAUUAUUGCGCUGUAUUGAGAAAAAGCACGGAGGGUAUUAG